AUGAACUACAGCGGAAAGAAAAAGAUCAUCCGAGUUUUUCAUUGUUCCGCCGUACUGAAGGAGAUGUUGUUAGCAAAUCGACCAGACAAGAGUCGUUAUUUGGUCCCUCGAUUACUCGCACUGGAAGUCUUGGACACGCUGUACUGCAUCCUAUUCAAAGAUGAUCGGUCCGAAGCACUCGUUUCGAGAUACGAAUUUGAUCUGGAUCUGCUGCAAUACGACGUAUCGCGAUACCGACGGAAGGAUGACCCCGAGGUCGACCACACCUACUUUGGUAUUCGCCUGAAGGAGAUCUACGACGAGAUGCAGCAUCCAACCCCUCGCCACGACUGGGAGAAUUGGUUCCAGAAGUAUAGUGUACAGAGGUACAUGUUGAUGGCAACAAUGAUCGGUGUCUUCAUCGCGGUAUUCAUUGGGAUCCUAGGCCUCGGAAUCUCCGGCUUCCAGGCUUACGUCUCAUACCAGCAAUGGAAGCACCCUACAAAGGAUACAUGA